CUAAGCUUGCAGCUAAGUUCAAACAAUAUGACUGCAACAAAUCAAAUGCUUUUUCAUAUCUUUCUGGCUACGGUGCUAGUAAAUGCGUUACUAGAAACUUCUGUAGCAUAUGAACAUGGUCCAGAACAUGAUGAAGAUCCAAAGCAUCAUCACAGCGAUGCAGCAAAUGAAACUGAUGGUCAUGAACGAAAAUUCCAUUGGCCUAGCUCAGUGACCAUAGGAAUUCAUCGUGAAGCAAAUGUCGAUGGGCCAGACCAUUCUAAUCCAGGAAAUGACACUGUUGAUGGGGCUAGGAAAUUCCAUUGGCCAAGUUCUGCCUCUUUAACUAUCCAUCGUGCUGGCCAAGUCGAUUCAGAUGCUGCAAGACAAAUGGAUGGACCAAAUGCUCCAGGAAACUACACAGAUGGUGAAAGAAAAUUUCACUGGCCAGGCUCAGUAAGCUUUGAAAUCCAUCGUGAAGCAAAAGUCGACGGACCAGACCAUCCAACUCCAGGGAAUGACACUGAAGAUGGUGAAAGAAGAUUCCGUUGGCCGAGCUCAAUGGGUUUCACAAUCAGUCGCGCUGGACCAGCAAUGCAUCAUGGGAAUCCACUAGCACCAGAAGGUGACAAACCUGACCAAGAGGAUAAGUCAUUCGGAUUCUCACCGGUAUUAGUGCCAUGCAAUCAUACAACUCAGGCCGGCCAUAGAUGUGCUGACUGCACCCACACCCUGCUGUGUUACUCCAACAACCUGGGUGUCAAACGCGACUGCGGCCCGCGGUACUGUGAUGAUGGGAGAUGCUCCUCGCAACCCACUGCCAAUUGUGCCGACGCAUCAAACGAAUAAUAUUUAAAAACAUCUACCAAAUAAUACCAAAUGCUGUUAUACUGUUACCGAAUUGUUAAACCAGAAUUUAUCAAUAAAUAUAAUCACGCAAAGUA